UUCUCACGGCGUACUGUUUUGAUUUUUGGUUCGAGUGUGUGUAAAGCACUUGGCGCGAGUAUCUGAAGCAAAUAAAAGCCACAUACAUAUGCAAAUAUACAUUUUUGUCCAUUUAAGCUGUUUACUAAAACAUUUAAGUACAGCUUUUUAAUGUUUCUCGAGUAUCCUCUGGUUCUGGGUGUUUUCUAGAACUUUAAAGAGUGUUAGCUCUGUUUACACACUGGUAAAAUUAAUCAAAUCAUGGACCCUAAUGGAUUACUGUCCAGUAACCCUUGCCAGGUACAUCUGAAGUGGGGUAAUGGAUCUCUAGAGACGUCGCCCAUUUCUGUACCUAGUAAACGUAAACGAAAUGAGAUUACUGUAAAUGUAAACGGAGCAGAUUGUCUGAACGCUUUUCCCUCCAAAGAGAGUUUGAGGAAACGUGGCUUUGUCUUAAUUGAUGGUCAAAGAGGUGUGUACUACUCUGAGAGCUGGCAGCCCAAUGGCAGCACUUUGUACCAACCUGUAAAUGGCACUUUGUUGGCCAACAUUGAAAAAUAUGAUCAGAUCAGCUUUGAGCAGGAUGUCUUCUGCAUAGGCAAUGCAGCCGGUGGAUUUCAGCAAAAGGUCCAAGGUCAAGCGAUUCAUUGCUGGCGGUAUAGCGAACAUGAUAGAAAGCUUUUUAUUGCACUUUCUUACCUGUUCACAAACUUACAAGUUUUUCAUGAAUUUGUCAGCACUCUGGAUUGUCUCUAAGGAUGAUUGUCUCUGGGUAAGCAGAGUUGGCCAGUGCUAUUUUAUCACAAAGUACAAAACAAUCACGGUGUUAUACAUAUUAUAGUAUUAAUUGACCUUUUCUAACUUCUUAACAGAGUAAGACACACAUAUGCCUUCAACACAUCACUCUACCGUAUUUCUGUGCAGUGCUUUCAAGUAACAGUGCCUGUUUCUUGUGUAGCAGUAAACUAGAUCCAUUGUGACUCAACAAGGGAUGUUAUCAACCAAGUGUAUUUAGUUAAUGCAGUGCAAGAUGUUCCAAUAAUGUGGUCAUUUGUGGUUUUGCACGAUAAACACUGUUAUAAGUGACUGAGAUAAUGGACCAAAAUAAACAUUACAGAAUCAAAUUAAAAUACUAUUUAUGAGAUGCUUGUCAGGUGGUGCUUUUAAUGCCUGUUGCUGAUUUUCUUGUUUCUCUGCAUUUGUACUUUGAAAAUGUUUGUACUUCAGCAGUGUUAUAUGCUAGUUUUGCUUUUGAUGUCUUUUUAUAUAUAUUUUUUACAAUAAAAAGGAAUCUUUAUGUGGAAUCUAUAUGUGACGUUUUGGACACUACACAAAACAACGAUCUUAUCCCUUCCCCUUUUGUUCUCUCUUUGCUCAAUA